AGUUGUUUGGUGUGCUUACAAACUUUUUUUUGUUUUUUUUAUAUCCCGCCUUUGCUUUGCUAACCAACUACUUGUUCACUUCUCUAACUCUUACACGCCAGUGCUCGAUAUUAUAAAGUUUCUUAACAAUUGUAAUAAAGUACGUGAAAUUAUUAUAAGAUUUAGUUUGUUGUUAAGUGUGAAGUGAAAUCUCUGUCAAGUUAGCCACAGAUGUUGGUUCAAACGGCAAUAACCUUGUUUCGUGUCAACAAAAUAAUAAUAAACAGUGUUGAGAAGUUGUUGAGAUGAAUUAAACUAUACUAACAACACAAUAAAAACAAGAAUGGAUAUCGGGAACAGUGGAACUUAAGUUUGUUGCGAAUUUAGCCGAGUUCACCCACUUUUCAUUUAUGAUUGCUACAAAAAUAUGAUGUGGUGCUCUUACAAAGUGGCAGUUCUGGUGUUGCUCAGCGCGCUCUGUAAAGGACAAUUGCCCGAGGAUGACUUCAGGAUAAUAAACAGCCAAGAUCUACUAUCAUCGAAUUUGGAUAUCUUUGAAGACAGGAACAGUAAUUCAUUUUCGCAACUGCUAUUCGAUGUAGCAAGGGACCAGGUGAUCGUGGGCGCAAGAGACGCUAUUUACCGACUCACGCUUCGUGGACUGCGGCUGAUAGAAAAGGCGGACUGGCCUGCAGAUGAAACUAAGAUCAAACUAUGUCAAGAGAAGGGCCAGACUGAGGAAGACUGUCACAACUACAUAAAAGUCCUCCUGUCUCAUGGACACAGGUUGUUUGUAUGUGGCACUAAUGCGUUCAGUCCGGAAUGCAGUUGGAGAGAGAUUGAGUCAAUCCGCAACUCAUCGCACCUCAUGACAGGAGUCGCCAGCUGUCCAUACAAUCCUCAUUCGAACGUGACCGCAAUAUUGUCCACUAGUGGGGAGUACUAUGCUGGAACGCCCACUGAUUUCACAAGCUCCGACACGGCUAUAUGCAGGAGUCGUGGCGCGGGUCCGUACAAUGUGACAACACUGCGCACAACCCAGUACGACCAGAAUUGGUUGAAUGAACCACAAUUCGUUGGAAGUUUUGAAGAUGAUUACUUCGUCUAUUUUGUAUUUAGAGAAGUCGCAGUCGAAUUUAUGAACUGUGGAAAGACUAUCUACUCGCGUAUAGCACGCGUGUGCAAGAAUGAUUCAGGUGGAUAUGUAAUGGGCAAGAAUAAUUGGAGUACAUUCCUGAAGGCCCGGCUCGAGUGUCCCGUUCGGGGCGAUGUACCUUUCCAUUAUGACGAAGUGCAGAGCGUUGAAUAUAUGCCGCAGGAGAAGAUACUCGUAGCCACAUUCACUACCCCUACUAACAGUAUACCGGGUAGUGCAGUAUGCAUAUAUAGUAUGGCAGACAUCCAGGCCGCUUUUGAGGGACCAUUCAAAGUACAAGACUCACCGACAUCUACUUGGGAACCGCGAUCUCCUUCUAAUCAAGCAAAAGAACACUUCCGAUGUAAACCUGAUUUAAGGCCCCACCAAACAAUAGAAUACUACCGUUACCAACUGAUGUAUGUGUCUGUGGUGCCUGUAUCUGGAGAACCUGUAUACAAGAAAACGUUAGAACGAUUCACUCACGUGACAGUGGAUGUCACUAGUACUAAGAACGCUGCCAGGCAAUUUGUGCUCUACAUAUCCACCCAAAGAGGGGAUAUAAUGAAGUUGGCAGUAUUACCGCAUUUCGAUGGCGCAUGCUUAGUGGAAGUAUGGAAGCUGAGUGACUUGAAGAGUGGUUUUGACAUACAAACGAUGCAGUUUGUGAAGGAAACUAUGUCGGUGUACGUGGGGUCGCGAGGGGGUGUGACCCGCGUGGGGGGCGCCCGCUGCGACCGCUACCGGUCCCGGUCGGGCUGCGUGGGCGCCGCCGACCCGCACUGCGCGUGGGACGACGCACGGGACGCCUGCGUGCGCCCCGACGGACGCCUGCGUGACCCCCGGCUCGUGCAGGAGACCGCCGUCUGCCCCGCCGCGCCGCCAGUUGACGGUGGCUGGUCAUCAUGGUCGAAUUGGGAGGAAUGCAUGCAAGAUGGAACCUCGCAAUCUGUUUAUGGAGAUGACAAGCCGGCGGACAUGUGUUUGUGUCGGACGCGCCGUUGUGACAACCCAAAACCGGCUCAUGGUGGACAAUCUUGUAAAGGCGUGAGCAUAUCAGUGACGAACUGCACGGUCCACGGCGGCUGGUCAGCGUGGUCGGCGUGGUCUGAGUGCAGCGGCACGUGCGGCAUCGCGGUCAAGUCGCGUCGUCGCGCGUGCUCGUCGCCCGCGCCGCGCCACCACGGCCGCGUGUGCGUCGGCCUCGACACCGAGCACGCGUACUGCACCAGCCUGCCGCCCUGUCCCGAUCCGAACCUAGUACCCGUGGACGGGGGCUGGUCGGCAUGGGGCCCGUGGUCGGAGUGCGCCGCUGCGCCCCCCGGGCCGGAGUGCGGGCUCGGAUGGCGCGAGCGGCGCCGCACGUGCUCGGAGCCCGCACCGCGCCACAGGGGCGCGCCCUGCGAAGGCUCCAAGCUGGACCGCCAGCAGUGCGACCUGGGGCCCUGUCAGCCGCACCACAAGAAGGCCACUGCCUGGUCGCCCUGGGUACAGAUACCGAAUAAUCAUUCGGACGGAGGAUAUACUGAACGGCGUUUUAAAUUCAUCUGCAAAGUUUCAUCAUCAGAACAGAUUGAUCUGUCGGUGGGGCGCGAGGAGGUGCGGUACUGCACGUCGCGGGGCGCGUGCUCGUGGUCGGAGGGCGUGGGAGCCGCGGGCCCCGCGGAGGGCGCGGAGGGCGAGGCGUGGGGCCCGUGGGGCGCGUGGGGCGCGUGCUCGGCGGACUGCGGCGGCGGACAGCAGCGUCGCGAGCGCAGCUGUCGCCGGCCGCCGUGCGCGGGGCCCGCUGAUAUGCUGCGACCCUGCAACACGCACGCGUGUACAGGCGAGUGGUCGUGCUGGAGCGAGUGGAGCGCGUGCGCGGGCUCGUGCGCGGGCGGCGCGGUGUCGGGCUCCCGCGAGCGCACGCGGCGCUGCCUGUCGCCGCAGGGCUGCGCGCACGCCGACGACGCGCGGCAGCGGCAGGGCUGCAUCGCGGACUGCGCCGCCACAGAAUCAGGAUGGGGUGAGUGGGGCGAGUGGUCGAAGUGUAACAACGGGGAACGCGAACGCAAACGCAGUUGUCCGGCCGGACGCUGCGUCGGACCGCGGCUGCAGGUCGGACUCUGCGACGGUGAUGAUAAUCUCAUGGACAAUGAUCUACAUGCGAUGGCUGCGUACAGCCAAAAUGCAGAAGUGGUGUCUUUCAUAACAACGCCACAAAACAAGGCGCUCAGUGCCGCCAGUGUCACUGGGUACGCAGUGAUUGCCUUUCUUGCUGGAUGCUUGGUAUCCCUGAUAGGGGUGUUGCUAUGGCGGCGGAGAGCUGGAAAAGAUUGGUGGCGAAGAAAAACGCAUGUGCCUUCCAGUCCUCACUAUAUGACGGCAACGCAGAACAGCUACGUCACCGUGCCACUCAAGGAUGUGCCUCGGAAAGCAAAACGACAACCGUCUUUUAUUGGCAUCGGGGGUUCCAGUGGCAUCCUGUUGUCCAAAAGCAAUAACAUAUCCAAUGCUAAUAAUCACAAUAAUACAUCAGCUACGCCCAAAUUGUACCCGAAGGCGAUUGCUAACGAGUACGACUCUAUGGGCACGCUCCGGAGGCAUUCUAACCAGCCUAACAAUAAAAGCAAUUUGGAUGUGGAAGAAGAUAAGUUCUAUUGAUCUGUGAAAGACGAUUUACACUUUGUUUAGUGUAUGAUACUCGUUACUGGACGCUCAAUCAUAGUUAGUUUUACUGAACUGUCAAGGGUGUUUUACACAUUGUUUAGUGUAUAGUGCGUGUUACUGGUUAAUACUAGACAUUCAGACAGUCUGUUUUACUAAUCUAUCAAGAGUGAUUUACACUUUGUUUAGUGUAUAGUGCAAGUUACUGAUUAGUACUAGACGCUCAAAUACAGUUAGUUUUACUAAUAUGUCAAGGGUGAUUUACACUUCGUGUAGUGCAUAGUGCUAGUUACUGAUUAGUUAUAAACACUUAGACAAUCAAAGUUUUGUGAUGAAUGAAUAGUGAAGGUAUUAGUAAAAUUAUAUGUGGAUAUUGAACCGAGUUUGUCUCAGAGUUACUGUCAUUAGUUGCUCGCACUCGCACAUAUCAUGUUUGAACUGGUAAUUAAUAAAUUUAGUGUUGUUUACACUUGACUAGUGUAUUGCUUAAGUGCCAGUUAAGAUUUUUGGGUAAACUUUACAAUUUUUUAUUCCUAAUGAUUUUGAUAUGACUG